GAAUAGGAAGCAUAACCAGUUUCUAGAAAAUCAGGGUUUUUUUCUUAUGAUUUAAGUAAAAAAUUUGACAGGUCAGAGCCGAUGUUGAUGGACCUGCCCUCGGAUAUCCUCGUCAAGAUCCUUUCGAGAUUGCCAUGCGAAUCAAUCUGUCGCAUUCGAUGCGUGUCUAAGGCCUUGUUAAACAUGGUUGAUGACCCCUCUUUUGUUAAACUGCAUAUGGGCUACACCGACGAGGUACCUCUUCUCAUGUCUUUUGCUGAACAUUAUGCUUCUGAGACCAAUGCAGUUAUAGCAUCCUUGCAAUCAGUCACAUACGAUGGCAGUGGCAGUGCCUUGACAGCAAGAGGUCAAUAUGCAUUUCAAGUCUCCACAACAUACCAGCGAGAUCUUCCACCUUACUCCAUAGAUUUUGUUUUCCGCAACUUGUUUUGCUUUCGAAAUAAUUGUGAUUCUGGAGUUUGUUUUUUGAUCAAUCCUCUGAGAGGACAAGUUCUAAGGCUUCCUAGGAAUGAUAUUUCCAAAAUUCCAGUCUCCCAGUACCAAGUAAUCUAUGACUGGUAUGGUAUGGGAUUUGAUAGUAUAACUAACACCCUCAAGAUUCUUGCUGUCGCCGAAUUUGGCCAAUUUGGUAAGCCUAUCUGCCGGGCAGCCCAGGUUCUUGUAUUGGGCACAGGCUCAUGGCGAGAUGUAACUCCUCCUCCUUGUCGAUUGUCUGGUAACAGUAGUAAAAGUGCAUCUGCAAAUGGAGACAUGCAUUGGUUGAUUUAUGGUAAUUUCAGUGAAAAAGAAAUUUAUGCAAGAUGCCAUAUAAUUUCUUUCGAUUUUAAGAAAGAAAAGUUCUAUUGGACUCCUCACCCCGCGGCACAAAGCUCAAACAAUUUCUGGCAUUUGUAUUUGCUUACUUUCAGAGGAUCUCUGGCCAUCGUGGAUACUUCUUCAUCACAAGGUAUGAUUACGAAGAUUGAUAUAUGGGUAUUGAAAGAUUAUGACAAAAAAGAGUGGACAAGAGAUUACAGCAUAGACAUCAAAAAUUUUGACUUGGUUAGGCAGUUUGGAUUGUUCGUAAGGGUUACUUGUGGCCAAUGGGAGCAUGGCAUAUAUUUCAAAAAUUUUGACAAAAUCCCUACGUUCUUUUUGGAUCUAAGAUGUUAUUCCAUGAAUACCAUAACAUGUGGUAGUGGGGAUGGUACCAAAAUUUUGAGUUAUACUGGGAGCUUGAUAUCCUUAAAAGAUUAUGAGAAUUCUGUUGGAGCUGAAAACAGUACUGAAAGCCUAAAAAGUUAUGGCAAUUUGAUCGAAGAAGAAGCACAAGGCUUUAGUUUAUUUAAGAGGCAUGUGCUGCGACGAGUUUCAGUUGUCUGAGUUUGUGUGCUACAUUACUUUAGGCUUGUUGGAGGAGUGGAUGGUCCAACAGACUAUUAUGAUUGCAAAGCGGCCACACAUUAUUGUUGCUACACCUGGACGCCUCAUGAUCAUGUAUCCAACACCAAAGGAUUUUCUCUUUGCACGUUUAAUUAUUUUGUUUUAGAUGAGGCAGACAGACUGCUUGAUGAGGACUUUGAAAAGACACUUGAUGACAUUCUGAAAGUUAUCCCUCGUUAACGGAGAACAUAUUUGCUUUCUGCUACCAUGACUAAAAAGGUCAAGAAGCUGCAAGGGCUUGUCUAAGGAACCCUCUGAAGAUUUAAGUAGCAUCUAAAUAUUCUACCGUUGAAACACUGAAGCCGCAGCAUCGUUUUCUGCCGGCCCAGCACAAGCUAGGGUUCUUACUCAUACAUGUAAUGCAAAGCACCUUUUGGCUUUGAUGCUUCGAAAUCUUGGGAUAAGAGCCACCCUUGUUAGUGGUCAUAUGAGCCAGGAAUUAUGUUCAUCAAGUAGGAAGGACUGCUCAUGCUGGACCCUCUGGGGUAGCAAUCUUGCUUGUGAAUACCCGAAUUUCCUGCUCAAGAAGUGGAGGUCCUUCAAUUUUCAGAACGAGUCACAGAGGCCAAAAGAUUGGCCACCUCGAAAUUAAAAGAAAGUGCAAGCAAGAAGAGGAAGGGGGGAGGAAAUGAAGGCGAGGAGAGCACGAUGUCGAUAUAUUGAAAAAUAAUUUGGGUUAGAAGGAUGUCAAAUCCAAAAAGUUCACAAAAAGAUGAGACUCUUCCAAAUUUUGACAAAAGUGGAUUUUUUUCUGUAGUAUACGUAUACUGUAUACCAUCACAUUUGUGUAUCUGAAAAA